AUGAAUACUUCUGACAAAAAUCAUGAUAAAAAACCUAAUACGUCGAGAGAACAACUGCAACCCUUGCACCAAAAAGAGUCCGAAGAAUGCAUAAAAACGCUAAAAGAUCUUAAUGUGCCAGAGACGAAGAAACUUUCUUCGGUCUUGCAUGGUAGAAAAGCAAGUACGUACUUGAGAAUUUUCAGAGAUGAUGAAUGUUUAGCCGAUAACAACAACAGUACCGAUAAUAAUAACAAUGAGAAAUCUUCGUCUUACGCGGGCAAAAAGCCAAGGUCAAAAUCGUCUUCCAAACCGAUAUCAGAAGCAUUACGGCCCUCAAACAAAAAAACAUACUCAGACGCUUUGUCUUCAUCAUUGUCAUUGUCAUCUUCAAUUCUAUCACACCACGAGAAACCGGCAAUACAGCACAACGAGCACGUGGCGCAGGGCGAUAAUAUUAACACGAUCAAUGAGGGGGUUCAAGUCUCUGAUGAGGAUGUUGGGAAACAACAAUCGCACCAACAGCAGGUGAUACAUCAACAAACCUUUCCAAAAACAAGCCAAGAUAUAGAUGACGGAUCCAUCUCACCUAAAUCCACUUACCAGAAUACUCUACACGGACUAUCAGAGGAUUUAACACUGAAACCUGUCUCUUCUGCAACGUACUACCCUCAUAAAAGUAAAGCUGAUUCUGGUUAUGAAGAAAGGGAUAAAAUGGAAAAUGAUAUCGACACCAUUCAACCUUCCACCAUAGGUUUCGUGCCUAGCAUARCAACACUACCCAGGACAUACAAUAGGCACACCUUUAGAGUCAAGACUCAUUCGGCCUUGUCACAGUCCUUGAAGCAAGAAAACAUCAACAAUCGUGGCAUUAAUCAAAAUGCUCAACAAUCUGAAUCUGUGCAGCAAGGCGAACCAAACAGAAAACAAAUCAAACCUCCUGCACAGAAUAGCAAAGAUGAGCAGGAGGAAGAAGAGGAGGAAGAUGAGCAUAGGGAAUACCCAUUAGCAGUAGAGCUAAAGCCAUUUACAAAUAGAGUUGGAGGCCACACUGCCAUAUUUAGAUUUUCGAAGAGAGCCGUUUGUAAGGCACUAGUGAAUAGAGAAAAUAGAUGGUAUGAAAAUAUAGAAUUAAGUCACAAAGAACUGUUGCAAUUUAUGCCACGUUAUAUCGGUGUCCUGAAUGUUAGACAACAUUUUCAGUCAAAAGAUGAUUUUUUGAAUGAUUUAGAUGAGGGAGAUAACAAUAACAAUAACAAUAGCAAUAACAACAUAAAAAGUAAUAUUUAUCGCAAUGGAAAUGACGAUGCCCCAAUUAACGCAGAACCAACAGGGACUCCCUUGACCCACAUACAUUCUUUUCCCUUGGAAAACUCAUCGAGACAAAUGCUUGAAAACACGCUUCCUGAGACGGAAUCGGUUCAACCACAUGUCAAGAGAUCUCUUUCGAGUUCUAACCAACCUUCUCUACUGCCUGAAGUUGUUUUGAAUGAUAACAGACAUAUCAUCCCAGAAUCCUUGUGGUACAAAUAUUCCAAUUCUCCCAAUUCAGCGCCAAACGAUUCUUACUUUUCUUCUUCUUCUUCCCAUAACUCAUGUUCCUUAGAUGAUCAUGGCAAUAUGAACAAAUUAAAAAGACGCGACUCUGGAUCUACAAUGAUAAAUACAGAAUUGAGAAAUCUAGUAAUUAGGGAAGUAUUUGCACCAAAAUGCUUCAGAAGAAAAAGAAAUUCUAACACAAUUUCCACAGGAAAACACAAUUCGCACACAGAUUCAAACCCACCUUCUCACCUGCAAAAAUCGCGAGCUUCAUCGCAUGAUGCCUCGAAUACAUCCCUAAAGACUCUCGAUGAUUCAUCGUCAUUAGCGAACUUAGAUUUACAAACUGGCAAUUCUAAUUCCGGUUCAAGUCCACAUGGCCCACUGCUAAAAAAGUCGCUUCAUGAAAAAAUAUCCAAUGCAUUAGAAAGCUCGCAUUCAGUUAUGGAUUUGAAGCAAUUUCAUAAGAACGAACAAAUGAGACACAAGGAUUCAUUUUGCAACACUUUGUCGCCCAUUUUGACUGCAUCUAAUUCGAGAGAUGAUAGCGAGUUCAGCUCUUCUCCUAAUCAUGCCAACAACACACAAGAAGGUGUAUUUGAUAUGGAUGAAGAUACGGGGAAUGACACGAUAAAGAUAGAUAGCCAUGACCAGUGUGGCGCCCCUGAUAAUAACAUGAUUAUAAAAUCAUUGGGUUAUAACGUUUCAAACGACUACAGCCAUCAUGACAUUGAAUCAGUCACAUUCGAGGAAACAUCCCACACCAUUGUCUCUAAAUUCAUUUUAUUAGAAGAUUUAACAAGAAACAUGAACAAACCGUGUGCAUUCGAUCUAAAGAUGGGUACAAGGCAAUACGGUGUAGAUGCUAAGAGGACCAAACAGCUAUCACAGCGUGCCAAAUGUCUAAAGACUACGUCCAGAAGAUUAGGCGUUAGAGUCUGUGGCCUAAAAGUUUGGAAUAAAGAUUAUUAUAUCACCAGAGACAAGUAUUUCGGUAGAAGAGUUAAGGUUGGUUGGCAGUUUGCAAGAGUUCUUGCACGAUUCUUAUAUGACGGUGAGGCAAUUGAAAGUAUAAUUAGGCAAAUUCCAAGGCUAAUCAAACAAUUAGAUACUCUGUAUUCUGAAAUUCUCAAUUUAAAAGGUUACAGAUUAUACGGUGCAUCUUUACUACUAAUGUAUGACGGCGAUGCCAACAAGGCAAACUAUAAGAAGAAGAACGGCGCUCGUGUGAAAGUUAACUUAAUCGACUUUGCACGUUCUGUAACCAAAGAAGAUACAAUGGAAUGCCUGGAUAAAUUCCGCAUACCACCAAAAUCACCGAAUCUAGAAGACAAAGGAUUCUUAAGAGGUAUAAAGAGCUUGAAGUUUUAUCUGUUACUAAUAUGGAAUUAUCUGACAGCUGAUUCGCCAUUAAUUUUUGAUGAAACAGAAAUGACUGAUAUGAUUAAUGAUGAGACAGAUUCGAAUAAUACUUCUUCCUCUGCGGGUCCCAAAACCAAAUUUAGUGGGAAAUGGGAUUGGCUGGACGAAUUUGACCGAGAAGAUGAGGAAAUGUAUAAUGAUCCAAAUAGCAAACUAAGACAAAAAUGGAGGAAAUACGAAUUGAUUUUUGAUGCUGAACCAAGAUAUAAUGAUGAUGGUGAAGUUAGUGAUUAA